UCAAUAUAUUUUUAUGAACUUUUAUCGAUUUUAUCAUUUCGAAGCAGAAAUUUUAACGAAAUGCAAAUAUAGCAGUUAGUAAAUAUUAGUUAGUUUUUCGCUCGAAAACAAUGAUUUUGUUUUGAUUGUGAGAUAUACUAUUUUAUUACAAACCGGUAGGUGUAUUGAUCCACUGUGAGAAAAGCGUUAGCUCUUCAGUGUUGCCAUCGCGUAUAUAUAUCUUAAGCUACUAACUUGUUAGUUUCAAAACAAUGGAUAAAGUACAAAAAAUAAAUUGCAAAGCUAUUACAUGGAAAAAAAUAAAGAAAAACGGGCUUGAUUUAGAUUAUGCUGUGGUCAUACCAAGGCAAAUAGCUUCCGAAUUGUUUCAAGAAUUAGAGGAUACGUUGGAAUACUUUACAGGAGAUCUGAAUAUAAUAAAGGUUUUCGGCAAAGCCUACAACAUCCCGCGAAAGCAUGUCGCAUACGGAGAUCCUGGUGUAACUUACACGUAUUCGGGUAUAACUGUCCCCGCAUUGCCUUGGCCCGAACCUGUUUUGGCGUUACGAGAAUUUCUUGUAGAUCUCAAGGGGUUAAAAUAUAAUUUCGUCCUGGUUAAUAGAUAUAAAAACGGGCGCGAUCAUAUGGGGGAACAUCGAGAUAACGAGCCAGAAUUGGAUCCCGAUUAUCCUAUUGCCUCCAUAUCACUCGGCCAAGAAAGAGAUUUUGUCUUAAAACAUAAGGAUUCAAGGAGGCCGGGACAGCAGAAAGUAUUCAUACCACCCGUAAAAAUACUUUUGGAGCAUGGCAGUAUAUUAUUGAUGAACCCACCGACUAACGAAAUAUGGUACCACUCUUUACCGUUGCGGAAGAGCGUCCAUGGUCCAAGAAUAAAUUUAACUUUUCGGAAGAUAAGGCCCAAAUAG